UUCAGAUGUGGUUAUGUCUCGGUUCUACGCUGGAGAAGCUUAACAGAUCUUCUUCACUCAUGGCAAUGUUUAGCAGCAGUGAAUGGCAGUGGAAUGACUCAGAACAUUCUCUCACUCCUGAGGGAAACUACAGCCUGAUAUCAGGCUUUGAAGAAGUGAAGAGGAAUUACUAUGCCAUGUUCUAUUCCAUACUCAUCCUGGCUAUUGUGUUUGGGAACGUUCUGGUGUGUAUUGCUGUGCUUAGAGAGAAAGCUCUCCAGACCACCACCAAUUACCUGGUGGUCAGCUUGGCCGUGGCUGAUCUCUUGGUUGCCUCACUGGUCAUGCCCUGGGCGGUCUAUUUGGAAGUGGUUGGUGGAGCUUGGCUCUUCAGUCGCUUAUAUUGCAAUGUUUUUGUGACCCUGGAUGUGAUGAUGUGCACUGCAAGCAUACUCAACCUGUGUGCCAUCAGCAUCGACAGGUAUACGGCUGUGGUGAUGCCAGUGCUAUACAACACCACUCACAGCUCCCGCAAAAGGGUUUCAGUCAUGAUUGCGACAGUUUGGGUCCUUGCUUUUGCAGUCUCCUGCCCCCUUCUGUUUGGAUUCAACACUACAGAUGACCCUACAGUGUGCUCGAUUUCAAAUCCCGAUUUUGUUAUCUACUCCUCUGUGGUGUCGUUUUACUUGCCGUUCAUAGUGACCCUUCUGGUCUACGUGCGCAUCUACAUCUUUCUCAGAAGGAGACGGAAGAGAAUCACCUUCCGUCAAGGCAGUGGCAAAGUUCAGCCAUCAUCUCUACCACCAUCUGCGGAGACGUGUUUACAAGACGACACUCACAAAGAGAAAAGAGACCUUUCCCCCAUCAGGAUCAAUGUGAUAAAUGAAACCAAGGAGCAGGUGAUCCGUCCGCGGCUCCUCGCCAGCUGCCCGUGGCGUAAGCGGCCUCAAACCGCCCCUGCCGAGAACUCGCUGCUGCCUCCUGUGAUAACGCUGAACUACUGCAGCAUCAGCCAGGCAUCCUUUGCUCGUACUGAGCAAGAUGCAAACCAUGGGGAAGAGGAGGGUGGGGAUGAGGAGCAGGUGACAGUUAGGAGCUGUGAGGUGAAGAAGCUGUCAAACGGACGCACACACACCACCCUGCAUCCACCUGUGGUGUGUCCCAGUCAGGUCCGCUGUAGAAGUAUGCACUCCAAGGAAAAGAAAGCCACACAGAUGUUGGCCAUUGUUCUGGGGGUUUUUCUUAUUUGCUGGCUGCCCUUCUUUGUGACCCACAUCCUAAACACUCACUGCAGAGCUUGUCACAUUCCUCCUGAGGUCUACAGUGCCUUCACUUGGCUCGGCUACGUCAACAGCGCUCUAAAUCCAGUCAUCUACACCACGUUCAACAUCGAGUUCCGUAGAGCCUUUAUUAAAAUCCUGAGUUGCUAA